AUGACCUCUCUCAUAACCUUCCCACAAUUCAACCUCUUUCCAACAGAAAUCCACUCCCUUAUACUCGCUCAAUGUCUCUACAACGACGAGAUAUGUCUCCGUCUCACCUCAAAAUAUCUCUACACACUUCCUCCAACAAAACGUUUGUACGAAGUAAGCAUACCAAGAUUGUCCAAUCUACCACUCGUGUCUUUAGAUAACCAAGAUGGUAUCAAUCGAUGCGAGCAUGAAUUUUCACCGGAACAUAGAUGGGAAUGCCAUGCAUUGCGGAAGUUAGACUGGGAUCGCCAGAAAGCAAUGGCAGCUGGAACCAAUCCAGAUGAUGUGAAGAUGAUGGCAGUUUGCCCGGAAGAAGAACGACAUAAUCUUUACUCAUGGGAAAUUCGCAUGGCGAGGAACAAAUUUCGACCAGGCGCUCGAGGCUGUCAAACUCGUGAAUCUGGCUGGGUGCACUGUAUUUGUUUCGACAUUCCGCUUUACAAACGACUUAUUACUUGGAUCAAGAACACCAAGGGCGGGAAGAACUUGACGUUUUGUAGUUCUUGCCAGAAAUUUACAACUCGAAGGAAAGCGACGCAGUAUCGGUGUCGUAAAUGUCGGCCGAGGCACACAAGACGACGAACAGCAGGUUUGACAUUGAGAACGCACAGAUGGGGAGCGUGGAGACGUUCCAAUUGGGGACCUCGUGAUUGGAAAGAUGGGUUCAAUAAUGGUGCUAUGGAUCGGAUGGAGAAGAGAUUGAGAGGUGGAUUGGAGCAGAGAAAAGGUGGAAGCAGGUACGAGAUGAGGAAAAUUGCUGGGAAAGAAGUCAAUACUGGUAAUAUGAGAGGAGGGCAUUCGGCGGAGUACUGCUAG